CGAGCCGCACUUUGUGUUUCCAUCCAGAAGUCGCCACGAUGCAUCUCUGCCACUGGAGAGAAGCCCACUUGCUUACUUAACGUCUCCAGAAAAGGAAGGAUUCAUCAGGACCUUCAAAGCUCUGUCUCAGUUUCUUAUCUACUUCCAGUCGUAAUGAUUCCCUUAGCAGCAGCCGAAUUGAACACCAAGUUCUUAUCAAGUUGCUUCUCGGCUAUCAGAUCUUCCGAUGGUUCUAGCCACUCUGCAAAGAGACCCACUGCCGUUAGAUCUUCCACCGUUAAUGGCAGUGCUGCUUCAGUGAUUGACGAGUGUGUAGAAGAGAAGAAACCUGCUUCCAGCAAUGGCCUGAAAUCGUCUGGUUUGUGUGGAAGGAGGUCAGCAAUUGCUUCUGGGCUUUCAUUGUUGUGUGCUGUUUUGGGAUUUGAAGAAGAUGCAUCUGCAGUAGUUAAGCAGGGUCUCUUGGCAGGGAGGAUUCCUGGUUUAUCUGGCCCUGACGAAAGAGGUUGGAGGACCUACAGGAGGCCAGAUGAGAAGUCUGGGGGUCAUGGUGUUGGGUGGAGUCCAAUUAUACCCUACACAUUUUCAGUUCCUCCCAACUGGGAAGAGGUUCCUGUGUCGAUUGCAGACCUUGGUGGCACAGAGAUUGAUCUGAGAUUUGCUAACCCCCAAGAAGGCCGAUUAUUUGUUGUUGUUGCACCUGUCCUUAGAUUUGCAGAUCUUGGAGAAGAUGCAAAAAUUGAAGAUAUUGGACCUCCUGAAAAAGUGAUUAAUGCAUUUGGGCCAGAAAUCACUGGAGAAAAUGUUGAAGGAAAAGUUUUAAGCAUGGCUGUGACUGAACAUUUUGGUAGGAAAUAUUAUCAUUAUGAGCUGGAACCACCCCACGUCCUUAUUAGUGCAACUGCUGCUGGCAACCGACUGUAUAUGUUUGGCAUAACUGGAAGUGGUCUUCAAUGGAAAAGACAUUAUAAGGAUCUAAAGGAGAUCUCCAGUUCAUUUCGAGUCACUUGAGCAGAAAACACAGAUUCUUGAGGAGGGACUAAGGAGGACCUUGUUGGAAGAUUAAGCCAUGCAAGAGAUUGAUGUUCUUUAGAAAUUAAUGUAUACAAGGAUCCGUGCAUUGUUAUGUAUUAUUAAAACCUCAUGUCCAAUGUACAAUUUUGUCACUGUUAUCGUCUACUUA